AGUUUGGUUGGAUUGGAGUUUGGAGUCCAGCCACACUAAAAUUUUAACGCUACAAUACACAACAAGUAGGUUUUGAAGUUGAAGACAAGUUUACAGUUUAGUAAAGGUGCCUGUUCCUCUGCCGAGCAACUUUUAAAAGAAUAAAUCAGCAAGCUGCAAGCGCAUCAUCACUUGUGGACCUGCAUUAUGUUGCAACAAGGGGAAUCCCUCAGCUUACUGGCUUGUGUGGUCAAAUGUCGCCUUGGAGAGGUCAAGGAUGAGUGCUCAGCUUGUGGCAUUGUGUUGCGUCCAGAUCAAGGAAUUGUUCUCACCCACGGCUCUGUGCUGGCAGAUCUUAUUCUUCAAGACGAUGCGCUGAAAGAUAUGGUGAAAAGUGGGCAGUUUAUAGAUGGAAUAUGUUUGAAGGACUGUGAGUUUGAUGUACUUUUAGACAGGAGAUGGUGUGAGACGAGCAAGGGUCAAGUUGUGUGGCCAGUGGCAGCUUCAGACGCUUCAUACAUGAAAAGUCUCCGCAAUGGGAGUGUAACAUCAUAUACGAAAGUUCACAGCAAAUUUCUCGGAGCAUUUAGAAAUGAUCAUUUCCACCAGACAGUCAGUUCUCUUAUGCCAAAAAGUAACUGGAAAUUUGCAAAUGAUGUCUCAGAUGAAAGUUUGAGUAUGGAGGAGUCGGAAAAGGAAACUUCUACUUCCAAGUCAGCCCUUGAUGAAAGUGAAAUUGCUUUCCAGCUCUUAAGUUAUUUCUUGGUAUUAAGGAUAGCGCCCAUAACAUUACAUCAGAAUGACGGUGUCAAAAAUGGUCUGGAAACAUUUGUGAGUGAGAGAAGUGUGUGUUCUGCCGGGGAUGUCGCUGAGCUUAUUGCGACGCCAUUUGGAGGGCUCAGUCCGGGCGUGUUCUUUAACUCCUUCAGCCGCGGAGUGGUCAGCAACGUCAGCGGGCCGCGUAACUGCUGGAUACUGACAGACGCUCGCUGCAUUCCUGGGUCAGAGGGCGCUCCUCUCUUCACGAGUGGGAAGGGUGAAUCUGGCAGGCAUCUGACAGGUAUUGUUGCAGCAUCUCUGUGCUGGAAGAAUAAUGAAUGGGUUGGCUUCUCUGUGGCUUGUAGUCUAGACAGUAUCAUGCACUCACUGACGCAACAAGUUCAAAGACUGCAUCCAGGACGUUCGAUGGCAGCUCUGGGGUGGACUGAUUCCUUGAGUAGUGUUGCUGCUUGGAGACGCCUCUCUGUGCCUCAUGCGGGUAAUGCAUCAAAGGACUGGUUGCUAGCGACGACUGUUCUGGUUCAGGUCGGAAGCACGUGGGGGUCAGGGGUCAUUGUCCACCAAGGUGAAGGUCUCAUCCUCACCUGCUCACAUGUGGUCAAAGAUGCAGACUCUCAUUCUGUCCUUGUCAGGGCUUGCGGUGGCUCAGAGCACUACAAAGCGGAGGUGUUGUACCGCCAGAACCCCGUGGACGGACCAUUUGACGUGGCGGUGCUGAGAUGCCGCAAGGCAACGGCCCAAUCAUCUGCGUCAUCAGCAUUGUCCAUUGUAAAACCUGUUGUUGGGCAGCGGGUGUACGCUGUGGGCCACGCUGUGUUCAGCGCUGACUCUGACCUACCACCCUCAGUUUCUGCAGGCGUCGUGUCCAAAAUUGUCUGUUCUGGAGGUCAGCCCGUCAUGGUGCAGUCCACAUGUGCGGUCCACCCAGGGGCCAGCGGGGGUCCUCUGCUGUCUGCCAGCGGUCAGCUGGUUGGGAUUCUUGUCUGUAACACCAGAGACCAGAGCAACAGUAGCUGCUUCCCCCACGUCAACAUGAGUGUGCCGGCCGUGGCCGCCUGGACCGCUGUGCAGAAGUACAGGAGGACCGGAGACAAGCAGCACCUACACAGCCUUCAGCUGCAGAAUUCCUAUGUCAAGAAGCUGUGGGCUCUGGGCAGUGUGACUCAAGGGAAUACAACCACGUGUCAGAGCAGACUCUGACUUUGUCCCUGUGUUGUGGUGACUGGUCACAUUCCUCACUGUACCUGGAAGUCUUUCAACUGGAUUCUCAGUGACACUUUGUUGGUGAACCUUUAUUAAGGCUGUGGGGUUUUCUUUACAAUGCUUUCAACCACGUUAAUAUUUUGUGAACUUUGUUUUUUCUGGGGAAAUAGAUAUCUUUUUAACAUUCUUUUGUUUGUUUGGGGAUUUUUUUGGGGGGGUUGUUAAUCUUUGUUUUCAUCUUUUUUAUACACGACACAUUUUUGUACAGAUUUGAUUAAAUCUUUCCCCUCUUUCUUUUUUUGACUUAUUCAUUUUUGCUGUUUACAUUUUUAAAAGACAUUUUUGGGGGAAGAUUAAUCAGGUUUGUGCGGAUGUCGGUUGUAAUCGGAAUUCAUUGAUGCCCUUCUCUCUGAGAUUUGUUUUUCCAUUUUCUUUUUUUAUACAGAAUGUUGUAUGACCUUUUAUUAUAUAUAAUUGUAGAUGUACUGAGCGUGUGGUAUGAAAGGGUGAUGAGAGUGUGAAAGUGAUCUAUAGUUUCAUAGAUAAAAAGAGUGAAAGAAAUUUUGAGUGUGCUGGAUCUAUUAGUCAGGGUUAAAUUUAGAGUGAAGUCUGUUUUAACUGAAAUCUGUGUGGCCUUCGGAUUUUAUUCGAUUUAGUGAUGUUUUCAUUUCAGAGAGGUUGCUCAAAUAGCAAAGAAAAAAAUUGGGGAUUUUAUUCUUUUUUCCUGUUUUUUGCUGUGUUCAGAUUAAGCGGACUCCACUGUACUGUACGUUAUUUUGUCAGAACAUUACAGUUCUCAAAAGACAACACAAUAAAAGGAACAAGUUUGUUUGGUACCUGUA